AUGGACAAUAAUACCGUGAAUAUUAAUACUGUGCCUGUUGAUAAGGAAAACAUUAUAACCUCAAAAGACGAUAGUAAUAAUGAAAACAAUAAUACUACGAAAGAAACGACAAAAACGAUAUCCGAAUUUCCUCCCGCGUCUUCAAGUUCAACAUCACGUUAUUAUCCAUUAAACAACAAUGAAUCUUUCACGAGUUCUACAAUGUUACCUAAAUUAGAUCGAGAUUCAAAUGUAUUAGCAAGAAUUUUAAAUUGGCCAUCAAUUAAAUUAGAUCAUAAAAAAUUCUCGGAACAAAUUAAUGAUAUAACAACAAAUGAAAAUAUAGAAAAAAAUAUAGAAAGUAUAGAAAAUAUGGUAAAUGAUGGAGAAAUAAUAUUUGAUACCAUAUUAAAUCAAUCUUCGGGAGAGAAUCAACAAAGUACAUCUCGAACCCCUUCAAUAUUUUUUAUGCCUCAACAUCAACAUCAUCGAUAUUCGACUACAAGAAGAGUUAUAAUGGCAGCCACUAUUGAGAAAUUAAUAGAAAAAUUAACAAGUGAAAUUGAUUAUACUUUUUUGACGGACUUCUUCCUUACAUACAGGAAUUUUAUAUCGCCAAUACAAUUAUGUAAUCUUUUAAUUCUAAGAUUUGAUUGGGCAUUUGAAAAUGAAGAAGAAGAUCGAAGGAUUGCUAGGGUUAGGAUAUUUGUGGCGAUUCGUCAUUGGCUUCUCAAUUAUUUUUCUUACGACUUUGUCCCAUGUCGUGAAUUAAGAUCAACAUUAACAAAUCAUCUCAACAAUCUUCAUUCACGUCAAUCCAUCAAGGAUUCUCCUCGUGAUCGAAGGAUAGUACAAGGAUUAAAAAGGGUGGUGAAAAGAUUAAAAAGAAUUUAUUUUCGGAAAGACAUUGAUGAUAUGGUUAUAGUGAUGCCUCAAAAUAAAGAAUUAGAAUCAAUUGGACAUUAUUAUGAUAUAGAAGAAAUUAUGAUAGAUAGGGUUGAAAAUAAAAAGAGAAAGGACUUUAAAUCCAUGCGUUCAUUAAUAUUAAUUGAUCCAUUAAAACAAUCUGAAAAAAAAAGGAAUCUUGAAAAAAGAAGAUUUAAAUUAAGAAGUAGUUCAAUGGAUGUUUUUUCAUCAAAACCUCCACCUUCCCCUUCUUUCUUUAAGAAUAUAAUUUCUAAAGGUAGUAAUCCCAUAAAAAAAUUAAAAAAUAUAUAUCACGAAAAAGUUGAUAAUAAUAAUAAUGGUGGUGGUGGUGGGAUAAAUCGAAAAAAGAGAAGUUUAUCACUUUCAGAGACAAUAUGUGACGAUGAAUAUGAUUUAUUUCGUUCUGAAAUUAUUACAAAAAGAAGAAAUUCUUCUACACCGAAAAAUAUUCUUAAUAUUGUUAAUGGAACUAUGGGAAGAUUAGCUAAAGGUUUAUUUUCAAGUGAAAAAACUAGAAGUCCUAUACCAAUAUCUAUGAUAGGAUAUGGUUUUUAUGGUGAAAAAGUUUCAAAUCCUUCUUGGAAUGAAAAUGAUUUAUAUCACUUAGAUGGUUUUUCUUAUAUCGAUGAAUCUAUUGAAGACGAAGAACAUUAUGAUAUUGCUAAUCCAGAAGAUUUUGAACAAACCGAAAAACAAUUUGAAAAUUGGGACAAUGAAAAUACAAUAGAUUAUAAUGAAAAUAAAGAAACUUCUGAUAAUCGUCAACUAAUCAAAUCUUUACGUAGAGGUGCUAAAGUUUGGGAUUUAGUACACGACUUACAUUCAGUUAUUACACUUAAAGAUCUUGAAAAUAAAUCUUGUAAAAGAAUUUCAAGUGACACAUUUUCAUUACAAGGACUUGAUGAAAAUC